AUGGAGAAUGAAUAUCAAUAUACUGUUCCUUCUGAUGACACCGUUGCAUUGGGGAGUCCUCAGCCAGAACCCGGAUAUUUUAAACUUGGCACGGAUACUGAGGUUUUGGAUAUACCUGAUUCGAUUGAAAAUUUUGAAGCUCAGACUGAAGACGAAAUAUCGAAUGAAGUGGUACUUGACAGUGAUGAGGAACGAGGACACGAGAACGAGGCCAUGAAUGUGGUGAAUGGGGUGAAAAGGAAGCAAUCUACUACUGGUUAUUUGAGGCGGCUGCAUAGCAGAGUCUGUGCACAUUCGUUUCAGCACGUUGAUUCAGCUAGACGAACUAGAUGUGAUGAAGAAAGUGAUGCUGGGCCUACUUCUCUUGGCACCGUUACUAGAUAUCAGGAACAAUCUAUUACUAUUAACAAUGUACUAUCCAGCACUGCAAAUCGAAAUUCAAUUCCUAUGGAUGGAAAAGAAUCUCACAACCAAGAGUUAAGGAAUGUGGUGAGUGGAAGUUUGUCUGAAACAUUGCUUGAUGAGAAAAAGUGGUCAUCAGAUAAGUCUCUGGACAUGGAUAUAGAAAAGGAUGUAACUUAUGAACGCAGUUGUGCAAGGUUUAACCCCGUGGAAUCGCCAGAACCAGCAGAAUUCUCACAAUCUAGGGCCUUAGACUUUAUUGAUCACUAUCUGUCAGUUAGUGAUUUGAACUUGUGUGAAAAUGUUGAAACUAAAAAGACUAACAGAAUAAAAUCACCAGCAACUUUGAGGUCAAAAGGGACUCAAAGUUUGGCGAGGAGAGUAAAUCUUGGAAUCAUUGAUUGUAACUCUACGACUUUUGACUGGACCGGAAAGGAAAAUGAGAAUGGUGGGUACACCUUCCUGGGAACGACAGAUGACACAAUCUUUGGAUGGGAAGGAAACAAAUCAGGAUCUGCAUUUGUACAUCAGGAAUCUGAUAUUGUUGGCUUGCAAAAGAAGAGCUUUCUUCUUCAGUCCAAAUAUCAGCUCACAGGGAAUAUAUCUAGUUCAAAUAAUUUAGGUACAAAAUUAAUUUGCCCCAAUGAGGUUGACAGAGUAGCCACAAACUCUAGAGUGACUGUUGAAAAUAAUUUUAUAGAGUUGGAUGAACAGUUUGGUGCAGGACAAUUGGAGCAGCAUCUACAAAACGUUAGCGAUGAAAGGGAUACAUCAGAAAUAUUUGAUAUUGGUUUUGACACUCAAAUGGCCGCUGAAGCUAUGGAAGCAUUAAUAUCUGCGCCUCCACCUACAUCUAAUGCUGAUUUUACUUGUCAAUUUUUUGAUGACACAUUUGUUCACUCUUCUGAAGGUGCAAACAAGAAGCAUAAAUCAAAUGAUUGCACUUAUAUUGAGAAUGAUUUUUUAGGUUCAGCAGACAAACGGAAACAGACAAAGCAUGUGAAGAGAUCUGCUAAAAGGGUAAAUGGAAAUAUAUCUUGCUCGCUCAAUGAACACUUUGAAGGCCAAAGGGGGACUGUGUCUCCAUUAUUACCAAAGAAAAAUUUGAUGAAGGAGCCAUUGACUGAGAAGGACUUAAAUGGUAGAAAUCCUGGAAACAAAAAGAAUAGCAACCAUGGAAGGGCUCCUAGGACUGUAGUACAACAUAAGGAAGAUGGAUUUACUGAAAAAGAUAGCUUGAAAGAGGUUCGAAAGAAUAAGUUUUUAUUAGAAUCUAUUGGAUGUAACUUAGAUGACCAAUGUUCAAAAGACAAAUUCAGUAACUCUUCACAUGCUGCACGUGGGACUGGGAACUAUUCAUCAGUGAUUUCUUUUGAAAAGGCUGAGGAUUCAAUUGAUAGUUCUGAAGAGAGGACAAAUGAUAUUAUGAAGUCUGGUGCCCCUCAGCAAGGAAGAAAUAUGAUUAGCUUUCAUGAGGAUGUGUGCAAAAGUGGAGUUAGAGGGAAUUGUUUGAAGUUGGAUUCUGUUUCAUGUUUCCAGGAUACAACCCACCCUUUGAAGCAUCAAGAUAAAUUAAACCUAGUUGUGGGAAGUCCUUUAAAAUUAAAUCCAUGGAUUUAUCCUAGACGGAAAAGAACAAGACAUAAUGUGCCUUGCCACUCAAAUAGUAACCAGCUUCGACAGAGCAAAAUAGUUCAUGAGAAAAAUGAGAAUAGAUGUCAUUCCCGAGAAUUUCAAUUUUCAUUAAAAAGAAACCGUUUGGCAAGCUCGACAAGGCAGAAUAUAGGUGAUUGGGAUUGUCUGGAAUUUAAUAAUAAUGUAUCUGCUAGCACAAUGGUACAGGUUCCUGUCGACCUUGAUAGAUCCAUAAAGUCAAAGCAAUCUGGUAAAUUAGAUGGAGGGUGUCCCAUACCCUCUGUCGGUACUUCAGGUAUCAUGAAGUUGGAUGCAUUACCAGAUGGGAAUUCUAAGGGUUUGCAAGUAUAUGAGCGUGGCAAGAAAAGCAAGCAACCACGCAAUAACCCCUCUAGAUCUCCCCUAAUGAAAGAGCUUGUGAGAUUGGGAUACACUGAAUCUCUACCAGAUUUUUUGGCAAAAGAUUUAAGACGAAGAAAAGUUGCGGCAAAGGCUUGCAUCUUGUUCAGCCAGAACUUGGACGCCAAUAUACUUAAGCAGCAGAGAAAGAUUGUGGCACAAUUAGGCUUUUCGAUCGCAUCGUGUUGCUCAGAUGCUACUCAUUUUGUAACUGAUAGAUUUGUGAGAACUAGGAAUAUGUUGGAAGCCAUUGCUCUUGGAAAACCAGUGGUGACACACUUAUGGCUUGAGAGCUGUGGACAAGUUGGCUGUUUCAUUGAUGAGAAAAGUUACAUUCUGAGGGAUGACAAAAAGGAAAAGAAAAUCGGAUUCAGUAUGCCUGUUUCACUGACUCGUGCAUGCCAACACCCACUUCUAGAGGGAAAGAGAGUCUUUGCUACUCCAAAUGUCAAGCCUGGUAUAGAUGUGAUAUGUUGUUUGGUGAUGGCAGUUCAUGGACAGGCAGUCCAAAAAUUACAGAGUGCAAAAGGAAAAGAUCACGUAAUUCCAGAUGAUUUGUUAAUUCUCUCUUGUGAAGAAGAUUAUAAGAUGUGUGUGCCAUUUCUUGAGAAAGGAGCUUCCAUUUAUAGUUCAGAGCUUUUGCUGAAUGGGAUUGUAAUCCAGAAACUGCAAUAUGAGAGGCAUCAACUUUUCAAAGAUUAUGCUAAAACAAGAAAAGCAUGUCGAUCUUAG